UGGCAAGAAAGUAUAAAUACCACCGCUGCUAGCAGCCUUCGCUGGUGCUGCGGAGUGGACAGAUCAGGGUUUUUAGCUCCUACACAACAUUAGCUUCAGGAUAACUUUAACAAUUAUGUUUGAAACCUUUAAAUCAAGACUGGCUGUACAACAAUUGUGCCACAUUUCUUUGGACAAACUCGUGUAGGAUUGCCGUUUUUUUGUUUUUAUAUAUUGAAGAGUUGUUCGAAUUAUUAAAAAGAAAAACUGUAUAAACCAACGUGAACAAAACCAGUUUGAAAGUUAGACUAGCCUAUUAUAUUAUUCUUAUUCUAUAGCCUAUGCAUUUUGUAUGUAGCCUGCUCAUAAACAUUGAAUAUAUCAAUAGCCUAUAUAUUUGUGGUAUAACUGAACGCGCUUUACAUAAAGGAAGACGUAGGCUACCAGAGGAAGGCGAUUUUUCAUUCAACUUAUUUUCUCAAUAAUUUACAAUUGCCAUUGUAGCAUAUACAAUGCCUUCUAAACUACAUAUAGCUUUACUAAUCCUUUAUAUUACCAACGCUGCACCUUCACAGUUGUUCGAAUCGGAGGAGAUUGUACCUGUUAGGAUAGGGGGGAGAAUCGGCGGUCGCUUUUGGAAAAGGAGCGAUGAGCAACCGACUUUCAAACUUGUCGCUUUUGGUAAGGACUUCACCUUAAAUUUGACACCGGAUGACAGCUUUCUAGCUCCAACUCUAAAGAUUCAGCGUAUUAAAGCAAAGUAUCUUCCAACGCUAAUCAAUGGUACGGACGCACAGGAGAGAAAAGUUCCUUCUCCAAACACGGAUCCUCUCAGAGAUAUUAACACGACCGAAGAGGCCGAAGAGGAUCUGAGAAGUUGCUUCUACUCGGGGACGGUAGACUCAAACCAGGACUCUGUUGUGGCUGUCAGUCUCUGCUAUGGGAUUCAGGGAUCGUUUAUAACGGAAGGAGAUGAGUAUCUGAUUGAGCCCAAGGCUUUCAGCAUCGGGGAACGGGAGACAUCCACCUCCAAGGUACAUGUAAUCAGAAGAAGGGUUUUUGCUGACACGAAAAGCGACCUCAAAAUCGUAUUUGAUCAAUUGGGAGAUGAGAGCCAAGGAAAACUCGUUUUACCCGAGGCGGACGUAUAUUCGCCAAGGAUGCCGAGAAAAAGACGCUUUGUAUCCGCACCAAGAUAUGUUGAAACUUUAGUGGUUGCAGAUGCCUCAAUGGCACAUUUCUACGGAGACGAGAUAAAGGAUAUCUGCGGACACAAGAGCUGUGACACGUUAGGGGUGGCGGAUGUGGGGACCAUGUGUGACCCCAAAAGGAGCUGCUCCGUCAUUGAAGACAACGGCCUGCAGGCUGCCUUCACAGCAGCCCACGAGUUAGGCCACGUGCUCAGCAUGCCUCAUGAUGACUCUAAGAACUGCGAGCAGCUGUUCGGGGAUCUGGGGCAGCAUCACAUGAUGGCCCCCUUGUUUAUUCACCUCAAUAAGACCCAGCCCUGGUCCCCCUGCAGCGCCCUCUACGUCACGCAGUUCUUUGACAACGGACACGGGGACUGCCUGCUGGACAAACCGGACAAGACCAUGCCCCUUCCCACCGAGCUGCCGGGCCUGACCUACGACCUGGACCGGCAGUGCCAGCAGGUCUUUGGCGAGGAGUUCACGCACUGCCCCAACACCUCCGACUCCGACACCUGCGGCCAGCUGUGGUGCCAGGAGGACGGGGAGGCGCAUUGCACCACCAAAAACGGCAGCCUGCCGUGGGCGGACGGCACGGCCUGUGGCGACAACCGCACCUGCCUGAGCGGCGUGUGCCUGCCUGCCGGCGAAGUCCUGCAGCCGAAGGUGGUGGUUGACGGGAGCUGGGGGCCAUGGGGGCAGUGGGGGCCGUGCUCGCGGACGUGUGGAGGCGGGGUGGAGUUCUCUCACAGAGAGUGCAGUGACCCUGAGCCUCAGCAUGGGGGAAAGUACUGCGAAGGACAGAGAGUCAAAUACAUGUCCUGCAAUACUCAGCCCUGUCCAGACAACAAUGGCAAGAGCUUCAGAGAGGAGCAGUGCGAGAAGUACAACAGCUUCAAUUACCUGGACUUCCACGGGUACAUGAAGCAGUGGAUCCCCAAAUACGCGGGCGUGUCCCCGCGGGACAGGUGCAAACUCUUCUGCCGUGCGAAAGGAAGCAGCGAGUUCAAAGUGUUUGAGGCCAAGGUCAUUGACGGCACCACAUGCAGUCCGGACACCACCUCCAUCUGUGUGCAGGGCCAGUGUGUCAAAGCCGGCUGUGACCUGGAGAUCGGAUCCAGCAAGAAGCUGGACAAGUGUGGCGUGUGCGGAGGGAAUGGAUUUAGCUGCAGGAAAAUUACAGGCUCCAUGAACAAAGCCACUUUUGGUUACAGUGACAUUGUGACCAUUCCCGCGGGGGCCACCAACAUCGACGUCAAGCAGCGCAGCCACCGCGGGAUCACGCACGACGGGAACUACCUGGCCGUGAGGCGCGAGGGCGGCGCCUACAUCCUCAACGGGAACUUCUCCGUGUCCACCGUGGAGCAGGACAUCCCGGUGAAGGGCGCGGUGCUGAAGUACAGCGGCUCCUCCACCACGCUGGAGCGGAUCCAGAGCUUCCGCCAGCUGCAGGAGCCCAUCACCAUCCAGCUGCUGGCCACGGCCGGCGAGGCGUCUCCGCCCAAGGUCAAGUACACCUUCUUCAUCCCCAAAGACGUGUCCUUCAGCAAGGCCAAAGAGAGGAAGAGCUCCCUGCACGCCCUCCAGCCCUUCGGCGUCCCCCAGUGGACUCUCGGGGAGUGGUCCGAGUGCUCCAAGACCUGUGGCUCGGGGUGGUCCCGGCGGCACGUGGAGUGCAGGGGGGAGAGCGGCCUCCUCUCCAGCCUCUGCGACAGGGACCUGAAACCCUCGGACAUUCGGCCGUGCGCUGACCUCCCCUGCCCCCUCUGGCAGAUGGGCCCCUGGUCCUCCGGGCCCGGAGAGCGCCAUCGCAGCGUGGUCUGCAUGGACUACAUGGGAAAGGUGGUGGAGCCCGACAAGUGCGACCCAGCCAAAAAACCUAGACCUGUCUCCGGAGGGUGCCUUUCCCAAGAGUGCUGAGGCCCUAGCAGCUGUGCAGAGCUGGUGUGGAGAGAGAGAGAGAGUGUGAGAGAGAGAGAGAAAGAGAGAGAGAAUAUGGAGGAGUAGAGUAGUGAACUACUAACCGGCCACCCCUGACCGUGCUUCGGAGAAAAGCAGGCAAUCUAGGUUACAGAUGAGAGAAAAGUGCACUAACUGACCCCAAUUGUUGUCACACAGCAUUAGCCUGUUUGAAAGAUUAACUUAAUUUUGUCAUUGAGUUUUAUUGUUGUUGUUUUUUUAAUAACCACUAUUGAAGUUUUUACCCAAUAGAGAUCUACCUCAGAGGAUGUGAAAUUGUGAUCUUGUAGAUGUUAGGUGAAGAUACUGUAUGCGUAUUUUUUUAUUCACCAAGGGAAGCUACCUUUGCAUGAUACCUGCUGACAGACAUCAUUGGAGUGAAAAUACCUCCACUCUCCCCCUGCAGAGUUUCUUGUUCUACAGCUCAGGCCAACAACUGAACAGAAACAUGGAUUCAGAGUACAACUCCCCUCCUGCUUGACCUUUAUCACCAUUUACAAUUUUACUGUGGCAAAGCAGCCAAGGAUAUUUCCUUUAGUGUUUUCUUGAAUCAUUAUUGUUUGAAAGGAAACGUGCAUGAGCAAAAUGAAUUUCAUACAAAAGUACGGCCUCUGAGUAAUUUAUACAUUCUAAACUUUAAACUGUUUAAAUCCUUUCUGUCUGUUGCAAUGCUGCAUAGAUCCAAUCUCAGUGUAUACAGUACACCUUGUACAUUAACAACCUAAAAGCAUGAAUAUAAUCAUUGAAGCUGUUUCAUAACAGAAUACAGCAUGUAUAAAAUCAUAUGUUUCCAAUCUAUGCAUCCCUUUUUUUAAAGAAAUUAUAUCAUUAAAAAUUUCUCCUUUCAGCACUGACUUAACAUUUAGGUCAGAUCAUCAGAGAACGUAAGGAACAGUUCCAGAAUGGGAUCAUGAAAUUUCUUUUGCAGUGUACUGACAUUCAUUUAUAUAGCCAUACUUUCAAGGCUAUUACAAGAACAUGUUUCAAUCUUUCUAAAAACUAAGCCUUUUAAAUCCAUUGUGAAACUUAUGCUAUUUCAGUCAUAAAGCCACAUGAGUACUAUCAGAAAAACCUUUUAUUUUAUUUUACCUUAAUUUUCCUAAGGAUUGGCCCAGUCUAUUUCUACAUUUUGCUAUAUUUUUACUAUAGUAAUAUGCAUCUAAAAUAAAAGGUAUUGCUAGAAAAAAAUCAUAAUAAUAAUGAGGAUCGUCAUAUAAGCUCGUGUCUCAUGCAGUUUACCUGUGAUAAACGGGGGGCCACAAACAGAACCUGUUGUCAUGAAAUGACAAUAGAUACAAGCUACAAAUAUUUUUUUUUUUUGUUGUUGUAUGAGAAGUACAGAUGUACAGAAAUAUUUCCACCACGCCAAAUGUUUCCAAAAAUAAUGUUGGGCAAAAGUGUCUUUCCAGUGCUUCAUGCAUACCAUACUGUAUUUUCAACUUUCUUUGGUUGGGGAGGGUGUGGGCUUUCGUAUUUCUUUCCUUUUUGCCUCACGAAAAGGCAAAAAAAUCUUUUUACUGAGACUUUUAAAACACAAGUGCUUUUUUCCUCGUUUAUUAAAACGAAUGUCAUGGUUUCUCUGUUGUUUGACAAUGUACAGUGGUGACUUCCUGUUCCUGUCUUAGGCGACUGGAGGUUAUAUGCACCCAUCAUCAUUUGAAAUGGACAGUAUUCAUCCUUCAUCUUCAGGAAACUUUCCCUUUGUGACAAAAUCGCAACAGAUGCAGUUGUACAAUAGUUUGAACAAAUCAGGAACUGAAUUUAUAUCUGUUCUUUUUCAUAGAAGAGUAUGAAAUUAGAUUUGGAGUUUUUUUACACUUGUGUAAAAAGAAUCAUAGCUUAGGAGAUGACUUGCUCCUUGCAGCAACGGUCAGGAGUCUGAUCUAAUGCACCCCAGUGUGACAAAGGCGGUGGGGUUUCCCACCAUUUCCUCUUGUCAGUGUAGUUACUUACCCCUUUUUUAAGCGUCAGCAAAAGAGGCCUUUCAUCUUUGAAAGGAGUAUGGUGAGAGAUAUAUUGGAAUUCAACCAAAGAGAGUCAGUGUAAAAAAAAGGAAUAUGCUUAUUGGCUGUCCUAUGUCAGUUGUCUAGCAGCUAACAUUCUGCCACAUGCAGAGUUCAACUGGUUUUCUUAAUAAUAUUUUGUGCUGUUUAAAAAUAUGUGUAAUUCAAGAUUCAAAAGGAAAACAAUGCUCUUUUAUGUCAAUGUUUUGUACUUCAGAUAUCUCGAUAUUUAAUUGUGUGAUGUAGCAUUCCGGUUGUGUACAAAAGACAAAAGAAAACAAAAAAACAAAACAAAAAAAAUGUAAUGGCAUUGUAUCCCUUCAGUGAAGGACUGUACUAUUGCAUUAUUAUAGCUUCCUUUCAAAGCUAUUUAUUUUUGUAAAAUUUAUACAUUUGGACAUCAAAUUAUAACAGUAUGAUUUUUAGAUGCUGCUGUUUUCCAGAAUUAUAUGUAAUUAACAAAUGGUAUAAAAACUAAAUAAAUGAAUAAAGAUGCCUCUAUUAACAGA